CGAAUAAAUAUGAAUGAAAAUUGAGCGACUGCGUGAUCACUCGCCUUCUCCUAUCUCUGCUUCUGCAACUUCCGCUGCCUUGUUGUAUUGUAAUUUGUAAACCUGAGGCCAAUACUCUUUUCGCUUCUCUUCUAUACUCCCAUCUAUCUGCAUAAUUAAAAUGGACGGAGUGGUGGGGCUCAGAUUCCGUCCAACUGAAGAAGAAAUCAUCACGUAUUAUCUUGAACUAAAGAUGAGCGGCCAUCAAUUCCCUUUCGAUGCAGUUACAGAAGUGGAUAUCCGUAAUUACAAUCCUUGGGAAUUGCCUGAGCAAUCGAUAAUGCGAGAUGAUCAAGUGUGGUACUUCUUCAGUGCACCAUCCAAAAAGUAUGCCAACAGUAAUCGAGCAGACAGAGCAACUAGAGACGGAACUGGAUCCUGGAAAAUUACUGCUAAGGAUCGUGAGGUGAAGAACAAAAGAACUGGAGAGGCAAUCGGUAUAAGAAAGACUCUGGUUUUCUACAAAGGUCGUAAUCCUGGUGCAAUUAGAACCUGCUGGGGGAUGCAUGAAUAUCAUUCCAACAACGCCGCUUUUUAUCAGAAGGAAUUUGUUUUUUGUCGUCUAAAAUUCAAAUUCCAUGACAAGUCGGCUGCUUUGCCAGAUGAAGCAAUCCAUUUCUGGCCUUUAAAAGAUUGGUAUAUUGCAGCACAAAGCAUUGGCGCACCAGUAAACCGUGAGCUACCAAUGGAAAUAGAUGUGUUUGAUUCUAUUGAUGAACUAGAUGAAAGCGACUUCCUUUUUUUGCAAACAGUUCUGCACCCGGAACAAAGUUCUUCGCCAUCCGAUGGAUCAAAUAACGAAGUUAAUAUCCGGAGUUCUCAAUUAGAAGACAUGAAUGAGCAGGAUAAUGCCUUUGUGAAUUCGCUAUUUUUGUCUGAUGAUGACCAAUUCUAUGAAGAAACUACUCACAGCCGUCCUCAUGCCUUGAACCCAACAAAAGCAGUGAGUAAAGUGUAUCUUGGGGAUAGCAGUGACAGUGACACCGAAACACUGCAACCACAGUAUGUGGAUGCUGAUUUGAACGAAUACCGGCUGAUGCAAAGGGUUCGAGCUCCUACUGAAACUCCUUCUUCAGUCAACCUUCACCGAUAUCAGAAGGGAGAAAAUGUUUUGUUUUAUGAUGAGAUGUCGGUGUCAACUGCAAAAUCAAGGACAGAUACGCCGAGGAGAGUCAAUUUGGUCAGUAGUGCGGCACCUACUAUCAUCAGAGAUAGCAAAGCUCAAUCUCAACCAAAAUCCCACGACUUCGUUGAAAAGAAAAGUGUAAUUGCUCCUAAAAUACUCCAAGUAGAUGAUAAAGGUUCGCGCACAGCCACAAGAGCCCACAGAGACAGGGCGAGAGAAGUUAAAGAACCUGCUAUUAAUCUGCCCCAAAAAGGAAACCCUGCUGUGAAACUGCAGAAAGAACAGAAAACGGCGGAAACAACCAACGGAAAACCAAAUUCGAAGUCAGGAUCCACCACGUCUGAUGGCAGCAUUACAAAGGGCUUCUUUAAGUUCGUGGAGACUUCUCCAGGAAAACGUGAACAAAUCCCGCCAUCGAUAUACAUUAGGAAUGUAGUCGUAGGUGUAGUUUUGUCGGCAUUCUUUUUUUAUGAGAUGGUAUCUCUUCAUUAAGCUUGCCUUACUCAGCGAGUCUACCCUUACCUUUCACGAAUAGCCUACACAAGUUCCUACAUGGGUUUAAUCCGAAACCGCGGAUCUCCCUCUCAUCAUAUAAUGAAUGUAACUUUUUUUUCCCCUUUUUAUAGAGUUUAUCUUAUGUGUGUGCUUCAAGUCUUAAUAUAACGGUGUUAUGAGGGUAUAAAAAUAUUCAGAAUCUUAGUAAUAAAACCCACACUUGGUGAGUUUUAAGA